ACAGGACGUAGGUGGCGGCGGCGACUGUAGCGGAUACUCCGCGGCCCGCGGCGGACCAUGGCCCUGGCCGAGUGUCCUCAGCCUCUCCUGUCGGCCUCCCUGGGCAGCGUCGCGGAGCGGGCAGACUUCCGGGAAGGAACUGCCAUGCGGCUGAGCGGCGGCCGGCGCGCUUAGCGCCUCGAACAUGCGGCAGUCCCUGCGGGCGACCCCGGGCUGCGGAGAGGCGGCGGCAGCGGCGGCUCGGGAGCGAAGGAGGCGCCGGCGGAGGUGGUGGCCGCGGGGACGGCCGGCGCCUGGCGUGGAGCCCUAGAAGGGAGGCUUCUUGGCGCGGCCUCGGGCCUCGUCGAGAAGGAUGCUGUCCCGAAAGAAAACCAAAAACGAAGUGUCCAAGCCGGCCGAGGUGCAGGGGAAGUACGUGAAGAAGGAGACGUCGCCUCUGCUGCGGAAUCUCAUGCCUUCAUUCAUUCGGCACGGUCCAACAAUUCCAAGACGAACUGAUAUUUGUCUUCCAGAUUCAAGCUCUAAUGCUUUUUCAGCUUCUGGAGAUGGAGUGGUUUCAAGAAACCAGAGUUUUCUAAGAACUCCAAUUCAAAGAACACCUCAUGAAAUAAUGAGAAGAGAAAGCAACAGACUAUCUGCACCUUCUUAUCUUGUCCGGAGUCUAGCAGAUGUCCCUCAGGAGUAUGGUUCCUCUCAGUCAUUUUUAACAGAAGUUAAUUUUGCUGUUGAAAAUGGAGACUCUGGUUCCCGAUAUUAUUAUUCAGAUAAUUUUUUUGAUGGUCAGAGAAGGCGACCACUUGGAGAGCGUGUGCACGAAGACUACAGAUAUUAUGAAUACAAUCAUGAUCUCUUCCAAAGAAUGCCACAGAAUCAGGGAAGGCAUCCUUCAGGUAUUGGGAGAGUUGCUGCUACAUCUUUAGGAAAUUUAACUAACCAUGGGUCUGAAGAUUUACCCCUUCCUCCUGGCUGGUCUGUGGACUGGACAAUGAGAGGGAGAAAAUAUUACAUAGAUCAUAACACGAAUACGACUCAUUGGAGCCAUCCUCUUGAACGAGAAGGACUUCCUCCUGGCUGGGAACGAGUUGAGUCAUCAGAAUUUGGAACUUACUAUGUUGAUCAUACCAAUAAAAAGGCUCAAUACAGGCACCCCUGUGCUCCUAGUGUACCUCGGUAUGAUCAGCCUCCUCCUGUCACCUAUCAGCCACAGCAAACUGAAAGAAAUCAGUCCCUUCUGGUCCCUGCAAAUCCUUACCACACUACAGAAAUUCCUGACUGGCUUCAGGUUUAUGCUCGAGCCCCUGUGAAAUAUGACCACAUUCUGAAGUGGGAGCUCUUCCAGCUGGCUGACCUGGAUAAAUACCAGGGACUACUGAAGUUGCUCUUCAUGAAAGAACUGGAACAAAUUGUUAAAAUGUAUGAAGCCUAUAGACAGGCUCUGCUUACCGAGUUGGAAAACCGCAAGCAGAGACAGCAGUGGUAUGCCCAGCAACAUGGCAAGAAUUUUUAAGUUAACUUUUAAAAAUAAACUGCAGCUUUUUAAGAGCUUUAAAAUAUUUUCACAGAUAAAGACUGCAAACAAGUACUUUGGGUCAAUAAAGGCAGCUUACUUUUUGGAAAUUAAAAAUUCUUAAAUUUUACAUGUAUUUUGUUAUUAGAAAUUCUUUUAUUGGACAAAAAAUGAGUUUAUCAUUUUAAAAACCAACAUGGCAUACAUACACUUUCAAAUGGUGUGUAUUAGGAAACUGCUUUGAAUAUUGAUAGAGAAAAAUGUAGUAAGGAAGUGUCGUUAUAACCUGAUGUUAAAUAGGAAAUGGAUCCUUGGUACAACUUACAGCAGUGGUAUGUUUCUUCAUAUAUAUCAUAUAAAAUCUAUGCAGUAUUUAAAAAGUUGUCUACUGCUUUAGUGUGGAAUGUUUUCUAGAAUUGGAUGGUUUAAAUACCACUUUUACCAUGGUGUAGUUCAGAUUACAAAAUGGAAACCUUUGUGAUAAAUUUCUAAAUGGUGUAUGUGGUUGUCCAUGUCUCACCCCCCACCCCUAAUGUAAGGAAUCCCUUUUGAACCAUGUUGAGAAAAAUCUUUGAGAAAUGAACUUGAACAUAAGGCCUCUGCCUGUGAGGGAAGGUGUGUUGCUAACAUCACUUCCUUUCAGCCAGGUCUCACUGCAUGCAGCAUGCCUCUGGUGAGGCAGUGCAGGCUUCCCAAUAAUAGCACACUGCCUUCUGACAGACUGGGUUAAGACGCCAAAAAUGACAAUCAUGUAUUCAGUGAGAAAUCUUUUAUAUUGCCUUUUUAUCUUAGGGAAGUGUUUGUCACAAAACUUUAAACCAUGUAUUUCCCUCCCAUUUUUCCCUACUUGGUUAAGCCAGAUUUAUGAUACUUCUAGCCUGUAAAUCUCAAGAAUUCUGUGAACUUCAUAGCUCUUCAGUUAUACUUACUGUGUUGUAAAUAUGUAAAUAUAUUUUUAGUUUAGACAUAGUCUUCCAUAAUACAAAGCACUCCCAGUUAGGUAUAAGUGAGUCUGGAUUAUUGAUAAAGUUUUAAGUGUUUGAUUUUAUAUAACAAGCUUAUUAAAUAUAUUUUUGUGGAAA